AUGAUUUUCAUCAAACAAAUUGAAAAAUGUCUUAUUUACUCACAUAUGAAUGCGACUUCUCAGUACCUUCCAUCAAAGAAUAAAGUACUUAUUCCUAGUGAAACUGAAGAGUUGUCAGUACCUGUAAGCAGCAUACAAGGGGAGAAAAAUCAAUUUAUCUUUCCAAAUCAGUUAUACUCUAUUCCAACUUCAAGAAAUGUAACUUCAUGUCAUGAUGUUCAUGAUGACAGUGUACAGAUCGACUGUUGUAAAUGGUCACCUGAUCCACUGAUCAAUGGUCCUGGAAGAUGUGAUUGUAUUCUGGCUACCAUACUAGCUGUAAUCAGUGUACUUCUAGUCCUGAUUGGAGUACUUUUAACUAUCCUACAUUACAUAAUCGGUAUAGAGUUUUAUACAGUUAAUCGAGGUCGAAUUGUUGGUCCCCUAUUGUUGGGCAUUACUACAAUACCCCUAGUGUUUAUGAUUUAUUUUAUGUGUACAGCUAGACAAAAAGUUGUUGAACAAGUUGAACAAAUGACAUUGAAUUAUUGUGCAAAAGAACGUAUGGCAUAUAAACAAUAUCAGGCUGAAUUAGCUAGGAGUUGA